AUGGGAAUACUAGAGAAAAUAGCACAAAUUCAAGAAGAAUUAGCAAGAACUCAAAAAAACAAAGCAACAGAAUAUCAUAUAGGUUUAUUAAAAGGUAAAUUAGCUAGAUAUAGAAGAGAAUUAUUAGAACCACAACCAGGACAAGGUUCAGGAGGUGGAGGUCAAGGAUUUGAAGUUGCAAAAGCCGGAGAUGCUCGAGUUUCAUUAAUUGGUUUCCCAUCAGUUGGUAAAUCAUCAUUUUUAUCAAAAGUUACAAAUACUAAAUCAGAAGCUGCAAAUUAUGAAUUUACAACAUUAACUUCAGUUGGUGGGAUUUUAGAAUAUAAUGGAGCAGAAGUACAAAUUGUUGAUUUACCUGGUAUUAUAAAAGCUGCAUCACAAGGGAAAGGUAGAGGUAGACAAGUUAUUGCAGUUUCAAGAACUUCUGAUUUAAUUUUAAUGGUUUUAGAUGCAACUAAAUCUGAAGAUCAAAGAACUAUAUUAGAAAAUGAAUUAGAAUCAAUGGGGAUAAGAUUAAAUAAAAUAAGACCAAAUGUAACAAUCACAUACAAAAAAACAGGUGGAGUUAAAAUGAAUUCAAUAAUACCACCAAAAUAUCUUGAUGAAAAAAUAGUAACUGCAUUAUUAAAAGAUUAUAAAAUAUUAAAUGCUCAUGUAUUAAUAAAAGAUGAAAAUGUAACAAUAGAUGAUUUUAUUGAUGUUAUAAAUGAACAACAUAUAACUUACAUAAAAUGUCUUUAUGUAUAUAAUAAAAUAGAUUCAGUAAGUUUAGAAGAAUGUGAUAGAUUAGCAAGAUUACCAAAUACAACAGUAAUAUCAUGUGAAUUAGAUUUAGGAAUAAAUGAUUUAAAAGAAGAAAUUUGGAGACAAUUAGAUUUAUUAAGAUUAUAUACAAAAAGAAGAGGUAUCUUACCUAAAUUUGAUGAUCCAAUGGUUGUUAGAAAUAAAAGUACAAUUUUAGAAGUAUGUGAUUCUAUUCAUAGAGAAAUGAAAAAUCAAUUUAAAUAUGCAUUAGUAUGGGGUUCAAGUGCUAAACAUUCUCCUCAAAAAUGUGGAUUAAAUCAUCCUGUUCAUGAUGAAGAUGUUGUUCAAAUUGUUACUAAAUAG